CUCCGCCGCCGGACACUGAUUGUUUAUGGCUGAGAUCCCCUUUGCUGGACUUAUUGAUCUCCGCCUCUCUCCUGCGUAUUUCAAGCUCUCGCCGCCCGUUCCGCCGCCACCGCUCCCACUGCGCCACUCGCUCUCCGGCCCGCCUAUCCAUCUGCCGACUCAAAGGUCGAGGAUCGCCCCUCAUUCACUGUCGAGGCCUUCGCUGGAGCUGUUGUCUACUUCCGAGUGUUCGGACGGCAGCGUCGUUUUCAAGUUCGGUGAUGCUAGCGAGGUGAAGUUGGAGGAGGUCGCUGUUUCUGAGAGCUCUGUGCUCGGGAGGGAUCAGGAAAUUUUAGAGAAAACGGAAGCAAAAGAUUCCAAGCAGAAUGAUUUCCGUCAGAUGAAGCAGGAAACAACAAAAAGGUCUGGUUUCGAGGCGCAGGAAUCGGAUUCGGUGGGUGAAGUAAGAGACGAAGGGUUGGAGUUGCUUGAGUCGAUCGCUAAAACCGAAGUCGGGAUCUGUCUGGAGGAGAAAGGAGUGGUCGGAGAAGGAACGGUUUCUGUUUUGGAGAUUGAUAUGCAAAAAAUGGACGAAGACAGUGAAGCAUCUAGGACAGCUUCAGAAAGUUUUGUCUCCUCAGGAGAAGAUGUUGAAUCUUUGAUCAAAGGUCAGGAAGAAAAUGUUGGUAGAACUACCGAGGAGGAGUUGAUCCAUGACUUUGGAAAAGACGAUUCUUCCAUGAAAGUAAAGGUACUAGAAGCUAUUGACUUGAAAAUUCUUGCUCAGCAAGAAAACCGACUGGUUGAGUUGGCAGAUAGCAAUUCUGAUUUGUCUGUUCUGUCAUCGGAAGAUCCCAUCUCUCUAGUUGAUGGCAACAAAAUAGAGCUGAACUUUGUUGGUGAAAAUUCACAGUUAUUCUGUUCUGUUCCGAAUGAAUUGGAGGAAGACCCUAUAGUUGUAAUUGCUCCAGAAGAACAGUUGGAACAAAGUGAAGAUUUUUGA